AUGAGCACCUCCAUGCGCGACUUGAUCUCGGGCGAGGCGGAGCUGGACGACGAAGAGGACGACGAGUCCUUCGACGAAGAGACCGGCGAGGAGCACCGAAGGAAAAACCGCGCUGGCUUCGAAGACUCGAGCGAAGAAGAGGAAGAUGACGAUGACGAGGAGGAGGCCCGAAAGAUUCGUGAAGGCUUCAUCGUCGACGAAGAUGAGGAGGAGGAGGGCGGAGAGGGCUCCGAUGGCGAAGAUCGUCCGAUCAAGCGGAAACGAGAGCAUCGCGACCGCGAGGAAGAGGAACGCCUCGAUGAAGACGACUUGGAGCUCAUCGGGGAGCAGUUUGGCGAGCGACCGAAGCCACAGACCCAGUCCAAGUUCAAACGACUCAAACGAGGUCAUCGCGAUGACGACGAACCGGUAAACGAGCGCCGCGGGCUCGAGGAAAUCUUCUCCGACGAGGAUGAGGAGGCCGCCGAUCAGCGACCGUACGGCCGGUCCAACUUCCGGGCCCAGGCUGACGAGUUUGACGACUUCAUCGAAGAGGACUUCCCAGAGGACGAGGACGAGCGCAUGCGACAGCUGGAGGAUGCCGAAGUGGCUCGUCCGCGUGACAGGGGCGUCGGUACGAUCGUCGAUACAACCGGGCUGGACAAGGAUGCCCUGGACGACAUGGAAGCCAUUUUCGGCAAUGGCGAAGACUACGACUGGGCGCUUCAACUGGAGGAGGAAGAAGAGGAUCGCGAGCGGGAGGAGCAGGCGAUUGAGCUCAAGGACGUCUUUGAGCCUUCUCAGCUCAAGGAGAAGCUUCUCACGGACGAGGAUAACGAGAUUCGAUUUACGGACGAGCCCGAACGAUUCCAGCUGGACCGAAAGCCAUUCAAGAACCUGCAACUGUCGGCAGAGCAGUUCAGAGAGGAGGCGCGUUGGAUAACGACCCUGCUCUGGCCGAAAAAGGGCCUGAGCCAAGAGCUCCAGGCCCCUUUUGGCAAAGCUGUGGGCAAGGUUCUCGAGUUCUUCAUCGUGGAUGAGGUCGAGGUGCCGUACGUCUUCCAGCACCGCAAAGACUAUCUGCUCCAUUCCAAGAAGAUCCGAAGAUCGACGCGCGACGACCCCGAUGCUCCCGACUACACCAUUCAGUCAGACAAACUCCUGAACCAGGACGAUCUUUGGAAGAUCCUUGAGCUCGACAUCAAGUUCCGCUCCUUUGUCGAGAAGAGGAACUCUCUUGAGCGCACGUACGAAAGCCUCAAGGGUCUCGAUGUCUCCGACCCUAUUGUGGAAGAAAUGAUCCCAGAAGCGACGACCAUGGAGGAGCUGCAGGACUUGCAAGACUACCUGCACUUCCAAUACGGUCCGAAGCUCAAGGACCUGGCGGCCAUGUCUGGCAACGUCUCGCAAACCAAGCGGCCAGGCUCCAAGUCUUCGCUGUACGACCGUGUCCGCAACGGGAAGGCUUACUACUUUGUGAAGGCGUACGGCAUCGCGGCAGACCAGCUUGCAAAGAACGCGUUGCGCCAGGGCAAAAGGGUGACGCCCGACGACGUCGAGCAAUACCCGAUGGAUUUGGCCGACAGCCUUAUUGACGAUAGUUUCAACACUGGAGACCAGGUCAUCAAUGCCGCGCGCCAAAUGUACUCGGAAGAGCUAUUUGCCAGCCCUCGGAUGCGCAAGUACUUCCGGAGCUCAUACUACCACAAUGCCGAGAUCAGCUGUCGGCGCACCGACAAGGGGCUGCGCAAGAUUGACGACUCACACCCAUACUACGAGGUCAAGUACCUCCAGAACCAGGCCAUUGCAGACCUCGUUCACCAGCCUGAGCUGUUCUUGAAGAUGAUGAAAGCCGAAGAAGAGGGCUUGGUAGAUAUCAAGGUCGAGAUGCCAUCCCAUUACGAUUUCCGACGGCUGCUCUACCAGGAGUUUGAGUCGGAGAAUUUCAGCGACAGAGCUGAGCAAUGGCGGGAGGAGCGCAAGAGAGUCCUCGAUCUUGCGUACCCCAAGCUGGAAAAGGUUAUCGUCAAGAACGUCAAGGAGGUGAUUAGGACGUUCUGCCAGGACGAGGUGCUCAGGAUGUGCAGGCAAGAGUUCUAUAGGAAGCUCGACCAGGCCCCUUACAAGCCGAAGGGCAUGAUCCUAGGCACCACACCUCGCGUCCUCACCUUGUCCAACGGCAUGGGUGAUCCCGCUCGCGAACCCGUGUGCUGGGCUUGGGUCGAGGAGGACGGCCGUGUGCUGGAGCAGGGCAAGUUUGGCAACCUCGCUCGCGACGAGUCUCAGCGAGACGCGUUCGUUGAGCUUGUGCAGCGGCGUCGGCCGGAUGUCAUUGGCGUGAGCGGCUGGUGCGCGGAAACGCACAAGCUUGUGCGCGAUCUGGAGACGCUCGUCAGCGAGAAGGGCCUCAUGGGCCCUGAGUUUGACGACCCCGAGACCAACGACUACCGCACGGAACCCUUGGAGGUCAUCGUCGUGGACGAUGAGGUCGCGCGUCUGUACAAGGACAGCCCUCGCGCUCUGGCGGAGCACCCUUCCCUCAAUCCCGUCACACGGUACUGUAUCGCGCUCGCGCGCUACAUGCAGAACCCGAUGAAGGAAUAUGCCGCGCUCGGCAAGGACGUCUCGUCACUGUCCUUCCAUCCUUGCCAGCAUAUGCUUCCUCAGGAGAAGCUGACAAAGUAUCUCGAAUCUGCCAUGGUGGAUACAGUCAACAUGGUCGGAGUCAACAUCAACGACGCCAUGAACGACACAUAUACAGCCAACCUCCUGCCGUACGUUGCCGGCCUCGGGCCCCGAAAAGCGACCAGCGUCAUCAAGGCCAUUAACACCAACGGUGGCUCCGUCACGACAAGGGACGAACUCGUCGGUGACCCUGACACUGGCAAGGUGCCCGUCGUUGGCCCGAGGGUGUGGAACAACUGCGCAAGCUUCUUGUACAUCGACUACGACGCGACAAACCCAUCAUCUGACCCGCUGGAUAACACACGUGUUCAUCCGGAAGACUACGAGCUUGGCCGCAAGAUGGCCGCCGAUGCCCUCGAGCUGGACGAAGAAGACGUCAAGGCGGAGACGGACGAGAACGGCCCUGGCGCAAUCGUGCGCAAGCUGUUCAAGCAGGACGAGCAAGAACGCGUCAACGAGCUGGUGCUCGACGAGUACGCUGACCAGCUGUUGAAGAACUUCAACCAGAGGAAGCGGGCCACGCUCGAGGCAAUCAGCGCCGAGCUUCAAGCGCCGUACGAAGAAUUGCGGAGGAGCUUUGCGCUGCUGACCCAAUCGGAGAUCUUCACCAUCUUCACCGGUGAGACGAAGGUGACCUUGUGCGAGGGGAUGAUCGUGCCCGUCAAUGUACGCCUCGUACGCGACGACUUUGCCAUCGUGAAGCUGGACUGCGGCAUAGAAGGCCGAGUGGAGGCACACGAGGUGACAAACCGGCCGUCGGUAAAGGACGUGCUCAGCACUGGCCAGACGGCGCAGGCCAAGAUCUUGGAGAUGAACUACAAGGACUUCAUGGCGAAGCUGUCGAUGCGAGAAGACUCGCUACGCAUCCCGUACAAGCGGCCCAUCAACUACGGCAGAGACGGCUGGGAUUACUCUCUCGAAGCCAAGGACAAGGACGAGCUUCGAGAAAAGGACAAGACCACGGGUCGGACACAACGUGUGGUAAAGCACCCCAACUUCAAGCCGUUCAACUCGGUCCAGGCCGAGGAGUACCUGGGCUCGCAGCCACCCGGCGAGGUCAUCGUCCGGCCGUCAUCGAAGGGUAACGACCACCUGGCGAUCACGUGGAAGGUUGCCGACAACGUGUACCAACACAUCGAUGUUCUGGAGAUGCAAAAGGACAACGAGUUCUCGGUCGGCAAGCUGCUCCGCGUAGGCGGCAAGUACACGUACAGUGACCUGGAUGAACUGAUCGUCGACCACGUCAAGGCUAUGGCGAGAAAGGUGGAGGAGAUGAUGAGGCACGACAAGUUCCAGAACCGCUCCAGAGGCGAGACGGAAAAAUGGCUGACUACGUACAUUGACGCCAACCCCAACCGGUCAACGUAUGCAUUCUGCAUCGACACGAAGCACCCUGGGUAUUUCUGGUUGUGCUUCAAGGCCAGUCGGACCGCGCGAGUCAUCGGUCUGCCGGUCCGCGCCAUCCCUCAGGGAUACGAGCUCAAGGGGUAUCAGUACCCGGACAUGCGAGCUCUGUGCAACGGCUUCAAGCUGCGGUACCAGAACGAAUUCUCCAAGAUGGGGACGAAAUAA